AUGUGGGCACUAACCACCGACUUUGACCAGGAUUCAGAGACCUGUGAAUGGCUUCAUCCAAUGAUCCUGGCCGCCAAAGCCAAUUCCGCAGAUAAUCUAGGGUGGGAAGAAGCUAUGAACGGUCGUCUAGCCGAUGGUUACAUGGAAGCAGCAAUCAAGGAGAUCGAGACCCUACAGCAAAUGGAGGUCUGGGAAGUGGUUCCCGGACUUCAAUCAAUGAAUGUCCUUCCCUCAACAUGGGCAUUCAAAUGUAAAAGAUAUCCAGAUGGAAAAGUUCGAAAAUUGAAAGGACAGUUCUGUACAGUCCGCCUCCUCCUACUUCUAUCCCUUGUACUGGGACUCGAAACUAAGCAAGUUGAUGACACCGCAGCCUUCACUCAUGUACCCAUAGGAGACAAGGAAGUCUUCUGUGAAAUGCCCACAGGCUUUGCUAAGGAAGGAAAGAUAUUGAAACUCAACAAAAGCCUCUAUGGGCUCAAGCAAUCGCCUGUUAAUUUCUUCAAUUUCAUCAAAGGGAAGGAAAAUACAGGAUUCAAAUCUCAAGAAGAAGUUGAUCCAUGUCUUUUCAUUUCAGAUAAAGUUAUCUGCCUUCUUCAUGUUGACGACACAAUAUUCUUCAGUCCUAAAGAAGAGUACAUAAACAAAGCAAUUGAGAGUUUGAAAAGUCAAGGUGUUGCAGUGGAAAUUGAAGAUUCUGUUGCUGGAUUUCUUGGAGUCCAUAUCAAACGCGACAAAUCCAACAAAAGGAUCAAACUUACGCAAAAAGGACUAACCAAACGGAUCAUUGAAGCCCUCAAAAUUGACCAUGAACCUCAGAAGCACACUCCUGCGUUGAAAGAACCCCUUAGAAAAGACGAAAAUGGAGAUCCUGCAAAUGACAGUUUCUCAUAUGCAAGCAUGAUCGGAAUGGCCUUGUAUCUGUGCGGACAAUCUUGA